AUGUACCAGGCGAGCGUCGGUGGGCCAACCCCAGAACAGCAGCAGUAUGAUUUCAGUCCGCUGGAGGCGUUCGCUCGGGAGGAGAAGGCGCGACUCGGUAUCCAGACUCCCGCGAGCCCUACAGGUCCUCACUUUGGCCGGCCGCCCAUCAUGCCUGCGCCCCACAACCAGGGUCAGGGCGAGACGGACCCGAGUCCAAGUGGGAGCCAUUUCACGAUCCCACGUGUGCGGCAUCGCAAACUUUCGCAGAGCGCACCCACUCCGCGACGGGGGAAGCUCGCGCUAUUCGAGCAACCAGGUUCAGGAGCCGCGCCACCGACAUCUGGUACGACGCUCAGUGCGGUUCCGUCGUACGACAACUUCAAUGACCUCGUGGACGGCGGGCCUCCGGGGGCUGGGGGUACUCAUGGACCUGGGACGGGGCACGACCGACCAUAUCGCUUCUCCUUCUAUUCGAAUGCGCUGAGUGCAACCAUCCACGCACGAAGUCUCAGCGAGUUGCCUGCGGAGGGGCAGAACUUCGAGGAUCUGUUCUUUGGACGAGAGCCGGCGCCGCAGAAGCCUCCUGGGCCUAGGCCAGCGGCCAACGGCAAGCCUUCUUACGCCCAGGCGAACAACCUCGGGUCGAAUCCUGGAUCACUGCUCACUUCGCCAAGGUUGAACCCUAUUGGUCCUGGGACAUCGAAAGUGUUCAGCGGUAGCGAGAGGAGAAUACCUGGAGACGCGGCGGUGGAUGGUUGCACAUGGUGGUUGGACGUACUUUCGCCUACUGACGAUGAGAUGAAGCUGCUCAGUAAAGUCUUCUCCAUCCACCCUCUCACGACAGAAGAUAUUCAGAUGGAGGAAACCCGGGAGAAGAUCGAGCUGUUCCGGAACUACUACCUGGUUUGCUUCCGUGGCUUUGACCAGGAUCCGUAUAGCCCGACGUAUCUCGAGCCUCUCAACAUGUAUAUCAUCGUCUUCCGUGAAGGCAUCCUCUCGUUUCACUUCCGCCCGACCCCACAUCCACAGAACGUCCGACGGCGAAUCAAGCAGCUCAAGGACUACAUCAGCGUCACCUCCGACUGGAUCUCUUACGCACUCAUUGACGACAUCACCGAUGCCUUUGGUCCCCUCAUCCAGAGUAUCGAGUACGAAGUCGACAGCAUCGAUGAGCUUGUGCUUAUCUUGAAGGAGGCAGAGCAGAGCGACAUGUUGCGGAGAAUCGGUACAUGCCGCAAGAAAGUCAUGGGUCUGCUGAGACUCAUGGGCAACAAGGCUGACGUCGUGAAGGGUCUUGCCAAGCGGUGCAAUGAGAACUGGCGCGUCGCACCGACAUCCGAUAUUGGCCUCUACCUCUCCGACAUCCAGGACCAUCUGAUCACGAUGACGCAGAAUCUGAAUCACUACGAGAAGAUUCUGUCCCGCUCACACUCCAACUACCUCGCGCAGAUCUCAAUCGAGAUGACGGAAGCGAACAACCAGAUCAACGACGUGCUCUCCAAGCUCACCGCGCUCGGUACGGUGCUCAUUCCUAUGAACCUCGUCACUGGUCUGUGGGGUAUGAACGUCCAUGUGCCUGGCCAGGAAGUGGAAGGGUACGCGUGGUUUUGUUCUAUCAUCGGGGCCUUGGCUGCGUUCGCCGUCAUCGCCGGCUGGUCGACGUACAAGUUGAUGGUUCAUCGUUGA